AUGGUAUCGACAACGCAACACACCAUAGGGCAUGGUGCUGAUGGAAUCGUAAUGCGCUAUAUGGGUGGUGCCGAUAUCACGUGCCGUUGGAAUUAUCUCGUUUGGCAAGCUCCUGCUGAGAAGUGUUAUCUAGGGUGCCAUUGUGCAAUUGGGGAGGUGUUGUUUGGAAAUUGGGGUGAGUCCCAGAGAUUCAGGUGUCAUUUGGCAAUUGGUGGGAUGUUAUUCAACAAUUGA